UCGCAAUCAGUCAGUCUCUUAGACACACAGACCUAAACGAUCAAUCAAGAUGUUCAAAUUGGUGGUGUUGUCCGUUUUCGUAGCUUUCGCCUACGCCAAGCCAAGUUUGAUUCAUGGAGCAGUAGAAGUAGCCGCUCCAGUAGUCACGAAAAGCUACAUCGGUGGAUCGGCCGUCAGCUCAACCUAUAGGGAAGAUACCAUCAGCCACCCAGCCGCUGUAGCAUAUUCCGCUCCCGCUGUAGCUUACUCCGCUCCUGCUGUUGUUGCUGCCCCCGUAGCUAAAGCCGUCGUAGCCGAACCUGUAGCUGUAGCCGCUCCGGUUGUAACCAAAUCCUAUGUUGCCCCAGCUGCCGUCAGCUCUACCUACAGAGAAGACAUCAUCAGUAAGCCAGCUGUCGUAGCUUACAGUGCUCCUGUCGUAGCCGAACCCGUUGUUGAAGCUGUAGCCAAGACCGUGGUAGCCGAACCUGUUGCCCCAGUUGUAACCAAAACUGUUGUUGCUCCAGCCGCAGUUAGCUCCACCUACAGAUCCGAUGUUAUCAGCAAACCAGCCGUUGUAGCUUACAGUGCCCCAGCUGUAGUCGCCGCUCCCGUUGCCAAAACCGUGGUUGAAGCUGCCCCAGUAGCUGUCGCUGCUCCCGUUGUUGCUAAAACCUAUGCCGUUCCCGCUGCUGUAAGCUCCACUUACAGGGAAGAUACCAUCAGUAAACCAGCUGCUGUAGCCUAUGCUGCAUAUUCCGCACCAAUCGUAGCCGCUCCAGCUGUAGCAACUUAUUCGGCUCCAGUUGUUCAGAAGACCAUCAUCUCUGGCCCUGUAGCCUAUGCUGCCCCUGCAGUAGCUGCUUACGCUGCUCCUGCUGUAGCUACCUAUGCUGCUCAUGCUGCUUAUGCUGCACCUGUUGCUUAUGGUUACGCUGCCCAUGCUCCAGCUCUCCAAGCUUGGUAAAGAGAGGACUGAUUGUUAAGACUGUAAUCUUCACAUUGCCAUAUUUGUAUAUGUCUCCGAAAUAAAUUAUUUAUUUAUCGG